AUGGAAAUUCAGCAUUUUGCUUUUAUCUUGUCACUUGUUACAACACGCAUUAACACGUUGUCAAAAAAACUUUGCAAAAUUGGAGAAAUUGAUGAAAAAAGAGGUGAAGUUUACGUUAUUGCAAUAUUUUCAUCAUGGUUAUCUGCUAAUAAAUUCCCUUUAAUGAAGGAACCAUACCUCCACAGCUUGGCUGUUAGAUUAAACGUUCAAAGAAGAAAUAUCGGUUUCAUCACCUACAAUAUUUGCGAAAAUAAAGAAGCAUUGUUGACUAUACUACUUACACUUACGCUUGAUAAAAAAUUUAGAAUGUCCUUAAAUACACCAGGAGGACGCUUUCCGUCAAGAAAAAUACCCGAGUAUGAAAAAAACAAAAAAUCAAAUAUUUUGAUAGUUUUAGGUUACCUUCCAGAGACAAUGAUCAAGCUGGCUGCUGACAUAUUAUUGCCUACCGAGAUUCCAUUUUCUUCUACCAAGCAAUAUUCUAUUUUUCCUGAUGUAAAACAUUCCCAUCCACGGUUCUUAACAGUUUUCGGAGAUGGGGAACCUUACAACCAUAUUUUAAGAUUAAUUGACCAUUUUAAGUGGAAGAACAUUGGACUCGUCAAUCUCAAUGCUAGAAAUGAAAAUUUUGUUUUGUCUUUAAACAAAACAUUUACCGCACUUGCCACAAAAGUAGACAAUAAUUGUGUUUCCAGCAUUCAACUGGACAUCAAUGACGAUUUCUCUCAUAUUACUCAAAUUUUAAACUCAGAUACAAGCAUAAAUGUCGUGGUUGUAUGGGGAAACGAUGAAGCCUUGCAAAAAUUUUUAAAUAUCGUCAAAAAUGUCGAAAACAAAACUUGGAUUGUUCUUGGAAAGCCAUAUUUUGUACAUGAUAAAUUGAAGUUUAUUAACACUAGAAUUAUCGAUGGUUUAUUUAUUUUAGUCGACAACUAUGAAACUUUAGCCCCGGAAUCCCUUACGAAACUUGUUUCAAAGUUAACAUGGUCAGAGAAGGAAGGUUGGUUAAAACGUCAUUUUGACAACCGUUUAAAAGAAGAAUCAGAAUUUGGUUUAUUUACAGUAGCUGAAAAAAGUUUAUUUACCCAUCUGUAUCGCAUAAUAAGAGCAUUCACGGUGAAUUAUUUGAAAGGAAAUAUUGAGAAGGUGCAUUUGAAAGGAUUCGAAAAAGUUCGAAAUUCUGUCAUUUUCUAUAAUGUUAAUUAUACUGGUCUUAACAGAUGGGGAAAGACCAAGAUGGAGGAGAAACAGUUUCUAUCAACUGAAAUUCCUAAUGAUUUAUAUUGGCCUCAAAAUUCUAACUCGCCGACAAUAUCAAAAUGCUAUCACAAAUCCUGCCCUCCUGGUUUUGAAUCUAAAUUCAAUUACCUUCUUCAAAAUGAAACGCUUUGGGGUAUUGCGCAUGGAUGGAGUUGCCGCAAAUGUAAAGACGGUCAUUUCAAAGAAACCGACAGCAUAAAAGCUUGUACUCGAUGUAAGGGAGUGACGCUUUCUCUUGAUGAUGGCACCGGUUGUUAUGAUCCAUAUAUUAACAAAUUUGUUAAGUUCAAAAGCAUGUCAUCAGUUUUGUCAUUGAUAUUAGCAUGCAUUGGUGGAAGCAUCACAAUCUUCAUUGCGUCAGUGUUUUUCAAAUAUAGAAAUACUCCAUGUGUGAAAAGCACAGAUACGUUUAGGACCCUUUUCCAAUUAUUUAUUUCAAUUGUAUUUUACCCAUUUUUUUUCUUCCUUGCAAUAGCAAAGCCGUCCGCCAUAACAUGUACGUGCAUUCCAUUUUAUGUGGGUGCCAGCUUUACAGUAACCUAUGCAAUAACUUUAGCAAAGACUCAAAAGUUGUUAUUUGCUUUUCAAGCCAAGGUAAAACUUUCAAGUACGCAAGUUCUUUUGUCAAAAGCAACAGAAAUGGCAAUUGUAGGUGUAGCUGUCCUAAUACAGACAUCUUUGUUUACUGUGACAUUAGUACAACGACCAAUUCAGGUUACCCAGAGUUUAAACGAAAAAAAGUUGAAGAGAGAUAUAUUUUGCAAUUCAUAUUAUCAUUUGCAUGUCCAAGUUGGUUUCCUCUUGAUAUUAAGCAUCAUAUGCAAUGUCCAAGCAUUUCGAGCUAGAACGUUACCGCAAAACUUUAACGAAGCAAAAUAUAUUGUUUAUGCAACAUUGGUCACUAAUUUAUGCUUUGUUGUCAUGUUUAUCCUAUAUUAUGGUCAACAUGACCAAAUAAGCAAAACAUAUGUUAACAUAUUUGGACUUUUGUUUGUAAAUCUUCUGUUUAUUCCGUUUUUGUACGGAUAUAAAGUGUAUAUUAUUUUAGCUAAGCCUGAACAGAAUACUGUGGAAGCAUUUCAUAAAGAAAUGAUGGCCAACAUGAGAGAAAAUAACCUUAGUCGUAGAAGACAUUUUAUAUCUGCUUCUAGCUUACUGAAUUUUCCCAGCGACAUGUAG